UCGGGGGAAGCUGCUGAGCUGUGAUGGUGAUGACGAGGUGAAAAUGGCGGAUCUUUCGAAAUACAAUCCCGGCCCCUGACAUACCAGAGGCGGCAGCCGCGGCGACAUCGCCACCCCGGAUCCCUCCUGGGUCCGCGGGUACCCUGGAGUGCUUCUUUUCGGGCAAACUGGGAAAGGAAACAGCUGGACAGAGCUACCGUGCACUGGCAAAACCAGCACUUGCCAGGGCUCGGAAUUGCCCGGGACCUUCUGGAGCCCGCUCCUCAGAGCCGGAGGGUGGAGAAAGCAGCAGCCUCUGGAGGGAAUUUCUUCUCUGUCUCCAUCCAUUCAUGAAUUCAGAGAGCGAAGUUAUGGAAGAUUUUAUAAUAGGCUGUAUACUGCAAGUGAAAUUCCAUUCUGCUUAUGAGUUCACCUUUCCUGUCAGGGCCAUGGGGCUUGAUGCAAGCCUUGAGCACAUUAACCUGGUCAAGACAUUGAACCUGUUGUGUGCAAAUGCAGCUUCUUUGUUCAGCACCUGGGCAUCUUCCUAGAAGCAGAGCGACCAUGGAGGUGGUGCCGGCCGAGGUGAAUAGUUUGCUUCCAGAGGAGAUAAUGGACACUGCUAUAACUUUAGUGGAUGAGGAUAGUAUUGAGGCUGUAAUUGUGUCGUCCCCAAUUCCCAUGGAGACAGAACUGGAAGAAAUUGUCAACAUAAAUUCUACUGGUGACUCUACAGCCACGCCCAUUUCCACGGAACCAAUCACAGUGUACAGUAACCACACUAACCAAGUUGCAGUGAAUACCACAGUUACUAAAGCAGAUUCUAAUACCACAGUGAAACCAGCAUUUCCAAGUGGCCUUCAAAAACUUGGUGCUCAGACUCCUGUGACUAUAUCAGCCAAUCAGAUUAUUUUAAACAAAGUAUCACAGACAUCUGAUCUUAAACUUGGCAAUCAGACCCUUAAACCAGAUGGACAGAAGUUAAUUUUAACAACUUUGGGCAAGUCUGGUUCACCAAUUGUUUUAGCACUACCCCAUAGCCAACUACCCCAGGCUCAGAAAGUUACAGCUCAGGCCCAGCCAGGAGAUGCUAAAUUACCACCGCAGCAGAUUAAAGUAGUUACCAUUGGAGGGAGGCCAGAGGUGAAACCUGUCAUUGGUGUCUCAGCACUGACCCCAGGAAGUCAACUGAUUAAUACUACAACUCAGCCCUCUGUGUUACAGACCCAACAGUUAAAAACAGUACAGAUCGCUAAGAAGCCUCGAACACCAACCUCUGGUCCAGUGAUCACGAAGCUGAUCUUUGCAAAACCAAUUAAUAGUAAAGCAGUCACAGGACAGACAACUCAAGUGUCACCACCAGUCAUCACAGGUAGGGUUCUUUCACAGUCUACCCCUGGAACUCCAUCAAAGACCAUAACAAUAUCCGAAAGUGGCGUUAUUGGAUCAACUUUAAAUUCUACAACACAGACACCAAAUAAGAUAGCCAUCUCACCUUUGAAGUCACCAAAUAAGGCAGUGAAAUCAGCUGUGCAGACCAUCACUGUUGGAGGGAUGAACACGUCACAGUUUAAGACCAUCAUUCCUCUGGCAACUGCUCCCAAUGUCCAGCAGAUCCAAGUGCCUGGAAGCAAGUUUCAUUAUGUCCGACUUGUUACUGCCACAACAGCCAGUAGUUCAGCCCCGCCAGCUAGUCAGAAUCCCAGUGUAAACACUCAGCCUCUUCAGCAAGCAAAACCAGUGGUUGUUAACACAACCCCCGUACGGAUGUCAGUUCCAUUCGUCCCAACUCAGGCCGUCAAACAGGUUGUUCCAAAACCAAUCAAUUCAACUUCACAAAUUGUAACUACUAACCAGCCACAGCAACGGCUUAUCAUGCCUGCCACUCCACUGCCUCAGAUCCAGCCCAACCUCACUAACCUGCCACCAGGCACUGUGCUGGCACCGGCUCCAGGGACAGGGAAUGUGGGCUACGCAGUGCUUCCAGCUCAGUAUGUCACUCAGUUGCAGCAGUCUUCAUAUGUAUCUAUAGCAAGCAACUCUAAUUUUACUGGAACAUCUGGUAUCCAGACACAGGCAAGGCUUCCAUUCAAUGGCAUAAUCCCAUCAGAAUCUGCCAGUCGGCCCAGAAAACCCUGUAAUUGUACGAAGUCACUGUGUUUGAAAUUAUACUGUGAUUGCUUUGCAAAUGGUGAGUUUUGUAACAACUGCAAUUGUACCAAUUGUUACAACAAUUUGGAACAUGAAAAUGAAAGACAAAAAGCGAUAAAGGCAUGCCUUGAUAGAAAUCCGGAAGCCUUUAAGCCGAAGAUAGGGAAAGGAAAGGAGGGGGAGUCUGAUCGGCGGCACAGCAAAGGGUGUAACUGCAAACGGUCAGGGUGUCUGAAAAACUACUGUGAGUGCUAUGAGGCUAAAAUAAUGUGUUCCUCAAUCUGCAAAUGCAUUGGCUGUAAGAACUUUGAAGAAAGCCCGGAACGGAAGACCUUGAUGCACUUAGCAGAUGCCGCUGAAGUGAGGGUCCAGCAGCAGACAGCAGCCAAGACUAAGCUAUCCUCUCAGAUCUCAGACUUGCUGACGAGGCCGACCCCAGCUCUGAACAGUGGAGGAGGAAAAUUGCCAUUUACAUUUGUAACUAAGGAAGUAGCUGAAGCCACGUGUAAUUGCCUUCUUGCCCAGGCAGAGCAGGCAGACAAGAAGGGGAAGUCAAAGGCAGCGGCAGAGCGGAUGAUACUUGAGGAGUUUGGACGGUGUUUGAUGAGCGUCAUCAACUCUGCAGGAAAAGCCAAAAGUGACCCUUGUGCCAUGCACUGCUAACCCCUGCACAAAAGACGGACAUGAAGUGCACAGAGAACUUAAGGUGCCAGGACAUUUGAUUUUCUAGAAGAUAGUUUAACAAUUACUGUUUUAACUCAGCCCUUGUUUUAAGAGACCUGAAACUAUAGUAUUGAAUGAAAAGAAAAUUUAAAUGAAGAAAUUAGUACAUUUUAAAUCUUAGUUAAUUCUGCCUCUGUCCCCUCUAAAUUUUUUCUUUAAAUUUUUUUCUUUUAUUGUAUUAUAUAUUUUUUAAUUUGCUUGGGUUUCUUAAGAAUUAGAUGUUCUGUCCUUCUGAUUCUAUUGACAAAGUACACUCAUAAAUUAUUGUAAUAUCAUUUAUAAUGUAUGGUGUUGUAUGACUUUGUUCAGUAGAAAAAGCCAAAGCAGCAUGGGUACUACCCAUUCUUUGGCUCCAGACCCAGAAUAUUCACAGGUAGAAUGUCCACAUAACCAGAUUCUUAAUGAAACAUAUAAUAUUUUGUCUAGAAAACACCAUCCUUUUAAAGAAAAAUCAGCUUUUUUGCGUGGAUUCUGGAAUACUGUCUGUUGUCUUGGGGAAGUUAGAAGGGGAGACAAUCCCCAUCCCACUUUUCAGAUAUGAAAGUUGUGUUGUCUUUAAAGAAAACCAAAUAUUAAGGGACAGUACUUUUCAGAGGAUGGGCAGUAUAUCUCUGAUGAGGAAUGGCUAACACGUUCUGGAAUGUCUUCAUUUUCUUUGAAGGAAGUGGUAUAUUUUAUAAUAAUUGUCGAAGUCAUUAUUGAUAACUUCUAGAAUGAGAGAUUGUGUGAAUUGAACUAAACAUUUUAUGCCAAGAUAAUAUAGGACUCAUAAGCAUCAAGUAUAAAAUUUGACUUGGAUGGAGAAGCUAGAACACAAAGCUGUGAGAUCAUGUAUGAUGAAGUUUUUAUCCACACAGUUCUCUAGACUUUUGGAACUAAGUUUGAAUCAAUGUAUUACCUAAUUUACUGAAAUGGGCUCCUAGCAGCUUUCACUAUUGUAGUGAGCUACUUUUUAUAAAGGCAGUUUAAUUCAGCAUUGUUUUUAGCUAGUGAGUCGGUAAGCUGGGGUAUGUGUUUUCUCAUAAUUGCAAAAAUAACCUAAAUCAUUUUCAGUAAUUAAAGACUAUAUGAUCUUAAGAGCCUAUUGUAGUAGGACUCUUGAGUUUAUGACAAGGGGGGAAACUAUGUUGGAAUUGAGGCAUUUUGUAAGGUACCUUAGUCCUCGGUAACUGUUAGCAUAUGCUUAUUAUUACCCUUCCUACAAGGAAUUUAUAGUUGUAUGUAGUAAGUGUGUAUAUAUGUUCAUAUGAACAUGAAAGAUACAGGCAAUAGAAAUUAAUGAAAGAGGGUUCCGUUAUUCAUUAAAGUAUCCUCCUUUUAAAGUGUGGAUUUAUAAAUUAUAGUGCAGUGACUUUAAAUGUAGAUAAUGCAGACAUUCUUAGCACCUCAGACUAGUGUGUCGAAGUAAACUUUGUAUAAAUGUAAAUUAGUCUAAAAGGACAAAAUAAUAUCUAAUCAAGUUAUUUUUCAAAAGACUGCAAUAAGUUUUUGGUCUAAACCUGAACUUUGUUCAUUUUGUAUAUAUUAUGUGUUAAUUCUAAUUGCACCAUUGUGAUGUGUAUUUAUAUACAGUGUGCAAAAUGUUUGUGAAUUUUUGAUUAUAAUUGUAGAUUAUGUAUGAUGGCAUUGCUUAAGAAUGUUUUGCUUGUAAAAAUUUGAAGGUGCAAUCAACUGCUACUAGUUUUGAUUUUUCAGAAGCUUCCUGAAGUAUCACGCCCUUCCUCCUGUCUGGUACUCCCUGAACAACCUUUGGAUUAGGCAUUUGCAUCACAUCGCUGAACAAAGUUAAUAGUCACAUAGUUCACCAGUUUGAAAAGAUUCUUUGGGGAGGGUUCGGUAUAUAAUUUUUAAGCCCUAUUUACAUCCCAAAGCAGAAAAGUUAUAUUUACUAGACCUAUUCAAAAAGUACACUUUUCUAUGUUGUAAAACAGGACAGAAGAAUAAAUCGUACAGAAAAUAAACAUUUAUACUCUUCUGUAAGAAAAAAAAGGUUUUGCAUUUUUUCUUUAGUUCAGUAAUACCAGUUUUAACCAUUUACCGUGCAAUAAGCCUUUUUAGUUACCUAAUUUUCAAGUACAGUUGACAUUACUUCUGAAAAAACUUGAAGGCUCUCAUCUUUGCACAAUUCAUUAGCAUGAACUGCAUUGAAAUGAGAAUAUGUCUAUGCUUUUUCCAUUUCUAUGGCAGAAACGCCAUCUACUCUCUUAGAUGCAUGAUGCUUUCACGACCACCUACCUUAGUUCUGUGGUUCUGAAACAGUAAAAGCCACCUGUAGAUCUUACAUUUGAGAUGGGAGCUGGGUGUGUGGAUACUGAAGUAAGCAGAGCACUGGGUGAAGGAGGAGGAGGGGUUGGCUUAGCAUCCCCAGUUUUUGAUACUUCAUAACUGGCAUUUUGCAAUCUUAUGUAAAAUGUGAAUAAAAAUAGCUUCAGAAAGUUUUUCUAUUUUUGUUCUGUAAUGCUGAUUAGAAAAGGAAUACUCACCACACCAUUGAAGCUUACCUAGGACCUUCAGCUCCACCUCUGGGCAAAUCAAAUCCCGUAAGCAUUCUGGCUUGCUGUAGUACUGAGGGAGAUGAACUCUGGGCCUUGGGUAGGCCAAACAAGCACUCUGUCCCUGGGCUGCACCCAUAGCCCUAUCUUAAGCACCUUAUGCAGUGUUUCUGAAGUAUCUAUUCAAAGCCCCCAAACCAGCCAGUUAGAACGUUACUAUUGAAGGACUUCCUGUUAUUAUUAUUAUUAAUUAGUUUGCUUCCGUCAGGGAUUGAACUUAGGACCUCAUGCGUGUUGGUCCAGUGUUCUGCUACUGAACUCCAUCCCCCAGUUGGGAAGCUAUUUUCUGUUCACAUAAAUUAUUUAAGCUUACCUCCCAGUUCUGUUACAGUUUCCAUAAUGCUUUCUCUGUAGAGCCAGUGUGAGUUUUUUAUUGUGUUCAUUUUGGUUUUUGGUUCCCUCUGCCCCUCCCUCCCUCCCUCCCUCCCUCCCUUCCUUCCUACCAUUUCUUCACACUCUCCCUAUUUAAUCUAGGGCCUGGACCUCAAAUUCCUAAUAGUUCUCCUGCCUCAGCUUUUCAGUGUGCUGGGAGGAAUUAUGGAUGAGAGUCACUCACCUGCUUCUCUGCUUGGUUGGUUUGGUAUUUUUGAGGCAUUGUCUCAUGGUGCUCAGUCUGGCUCCAGUAAGUGAGGAUUGUGCUAAGCCUCCGGUCCUCCUCUCCCAACCCCCAGUCUGAGACGCGUAUGCCACCGCACCCAGUGUGUUGUGUGGGCUGCUUAUUUGUUUGUUUUAUUUUCAAAGAUUCAUUUUUAAUUGUGUAUAUGUGGCUGGAGGAUAUGGGGUGAAAUAUGUAAAUGAGUAUGGAUGCCCCCCGAAGCCAUAGUUGUCAGGGCCCUGAAGCUGGAGUU